UCGCGGGAAACAGAGCGAGCGCAAAUAGUCUGCACACGCAACGUGUAGCACCAACACCCAAACUGAUACUGUACUAUACUAAAAUUAAGGGACUGAGUAAGCUAAUUAAGUACUCUGUCAAUACAAUUUGACUUGCUUCACCUCACAUGCGCCGAUCCGCGCCCUUUAUAUGUCCUCCUGCCGCCUCCUGUGGCCUGACUGUCCUCACUAGCUACGCGCGAACCUGCUUCUCUUCUAGGAGGGAAAAGGCUGCUCUGCUGUGCCAGGCGAGUGAACUAGAAUUAAGCUUUGGGAUCCCGCUCGAAUCGAGCGAUCAUGGGCAACGCCGUGGGCGGGAUGAAGCGGCGGAAGACGGCGCGUGUGAUGACGGUGGACGGGACGACGUACAAGUACCGGCCGCCCGCGGCCGCGUGCGCCGCGCUGCGCGAGCACCCGGGCCACCAGCUCCUGGAGUCGGAGGACGUCAGGCGGCUCGGCGUGCGCGCCCGGCCGCUCGACGCCGACGCGCCGCUCAAGCCCGGCAAGCUCUACUUCCUCGUCGCCCUGCCCCGCCUGGCCGCCCGCGCCCGCGCGCCGCAGCGGACGUGGUCCGGCGCGCUCCUCGGUGGCUCCGGCUCGUGCGCCGGGGAGCGGCUCGAGCGGCUCAUGCUGUCGUCCUCCUCGCGCCGGUCGGCGUCCGACGUUGCCGCGGCCGUGGCAUCCCCAAUGUGGCGCCGGUCGGCGUCUGACGUGGCCGCGGCCGUGGCAUCCCCGCUGUCGGCGUCCGUGGAGGCCGCGGCGGACGGGGCCGUGCGGCUGAGGAUGCGGCUGCCCAAGGCGGAGGUGGCGAGGCUGCUGGAGGAGAGCAAGGACGCGGACGAGGCGGCCGAGAGGAUCAUGCGGCUCUGCGUCGACAGGGACCAGUACUGCUACCGCUCCGCGCCGGCCACGCCCUUGCUGCCGCUGCCCAUGCCGAUGCCGAUGCCGAUGCCGUUGCCGUUGCCGUUGCCGGCGCUGGCCUCGUCCGACAAGAGCAAGAAGCACGCCGCUGACGGGGGGAACAAGAAAGAGAAGAGGGCGAGGUUCGAGGCCGUGCCGGACGAGAUCAUCUGGUUCUAAUCCAUGGAGAUCAUUGCAGUUUUGCCGGUCCCUGCCUUUCCUCCAGUAAUACUCCGUUUCGUCGUCUCUGAAGUGAAGAACACCACCACAGGCACGCAAGCAUUCUCUUCUUCGUCCUGCGAUGGUCUCGGCUGGGAACACGAGAAGCUGCGUGUGAAAUCGGGAAAUGGCUUCCUGUCUCCCUGGCAUCCAACUGCUUGGUGCAUCACCUCUCAGGAUCGUUGGUGUGUUUGUGUGAUGAACUGAUGAUGAUGUGAUCGCAGACUGCUUAUUGUGGUGUACAUAUUGAUAUUGGUCCUCUUUUUCAGUUUCCUCGCGUGCUCACGUUGUAGCUUUCAUAUGGAUCUUUGAGUUUCUGACCAAGCGUAAUGAGAGAGAUGUUUAUGUUGAAAGAAAA